GGUAGAUUUAGGAGCGGCAUGGCGGAGGCCGACCCUCAGCUCUUGGCUAAAAUUGUCUACUAUGCUCAAGAGAAAUAUUUCAACCACAUUGUCCAUUUGACAAAUAUAGAACUGUCAAAGCAUACUUAUGAUCCAGUGCUGCUGUUCUUCAAGGCGGUUGGAACCUUAUUUCUUGGCCGGAUCCAAGAAGGUAUCUCUCUACUCGAGAAUGCGCAGAAACGCCAUGUCGACGUUUCGUUAUGCUGUGUCCUGGGUCUCAUUCACGCACACAAGAAAUGUGAAAUUGUUGAUUCCACUGCUGUUUUGGAGUUACAGAACAAAUUAAAGGACCUGUGGAAAACUGCCGGCAGCAACGCCUUGUAUUACGCCGGGGUCUUCCUGUGGCUAAUAAAUCAGCACGACAAAGCCAAAGAGUACAUCGACAAAAUGCUGCAAAUAUCGAAUGGGACAAGAGAGGGCCUCAUUUUGAAAGGAUGGAUGUACGUAACUUCGGACAAACAGCAUUCUGUGAAGAAGUCUAUCAAAUACUUGGAUGAAGGGAUUCAAGACCAUGCAGAUAUAUUUGGGAUGAUGGGAAAGGCAAAAUAUUUCAUAGUACAACAAAAUUAUCCAGGUGCUCUGGAAAUAAUUAGUCAACUUGUGGUUACUUUUCCUUUCUUUACACCUGCCCUUGUCACCAAGAUGAGGUUACAUUUAGCCUUGCAAGACUGGGAGCAAAGUAUCGAAGAAAGUAAAAGGAUCCUAGCCAAAGAUGCCAACGAUAUUGAUGCGCUCCAGUAUACUGUGGUAUAUCAUCUUGCUAUGACCGGGAAUAUGGAGUUGGCCUUGCAACAACUGAAAGAGCUGAUGAGCGCUUUGGAGAUGAAAGAACCUCAAAGAUCAGAACUUCACCUUAAAAAAAUCCUUGUGGUCAGUAGACUGUCUGGGAAGAAUCAAGAAAUCCUGCAGGAAACGUAUGCAUUUGUUAAAAACUCCUAUAGCAGAAAACCGCACGUGGAUGCCCAGUUUGUGAAUGAACUAGGAUAUCAGUUGAGCCUUCAGGGGAAAUGGAAGGAAGCAUCCGGGUGGUACAGACAAGCUGCAGAGUUGGAUGAAAACACGACAGAAUCACUGACAGGUGUUAUUUGGUGCCUGGUGCUGGAAGGGAAGCUGGAAGAAGCAGAGCAGCAGUUGGAGUUUCUACGGGAAGUUCAGCAAUCAACCGGAAAAUCUGCCGUCUUGGCUUACCUCCAGGCUGUGAUCGUUUCGAGGCAACACAAGAACGAACAGGCGGCUACUACCCUGCUCAACGAAGCUGCAGACCUCCAUUUCUGUGCUUUGCAGGGUCUUCCUCUGAGCAUCGAAUACUAUGAAAAACUCAGUCCUAUGUUUGUGACUGAAAUUAUGAAGGAGUAUUUGGUCUUUUGUCCCAAGCAGCCUAGAUUACCUGGUCAGGUUUUAUCAUCUGUUCUUAAACAAUCAACUAUAAUUUUGAAUCCAGUCGUGAAAGCCGUUCCUGGGAUGAUAGAGCCUCUUUAUCUAAUGGCACAGGUUAAAUAUUUAUCAGGAGAAAUUGAAACUGCCCAGGGCACCCUGCAGCGUUGCCUGGAGUUGGACCCCACGUCGACCGAUGCCAAUCUUCUCAUGGCCCAGAUCCACCUGUUUCAGAGAAACAUUAAAGAAUGUGCCCAUUCGCUGGAAACAGGGGUCAGCCAUAAUUUCCAGCUUCGAGAUCAUCCCAUGUACCACUUCAUCAGAGCCCGAGCACUGAACAAAUCUGGGGACUAUCCUGAAUCCAUUAAAGUCUUGAAAAUGCUUCUCAGCUUACGUCAGCUGAAAGGGGAACCUAAAAGGGGCCCGGGACCUCUAAUAACCAUAGGUGAACAGGUUUCCAUAUACCUGGAACUCGCUGAAGCUCUUCGACUCAACGGGGAAUUGCAUGAAGCGACUAAGAUUAUGCAAGAUACCAUCAAUGAAUUUGGCGGGACCCCGGAGAAAAUCCGUAUCACUGUUGCCAAUGCAGAUUUGGCUCUCAGCAAAGGGGAAGUGGAUUUAGCGUUAAUGAUGCUGAGGAAUAUCACGCCGAACCAGCCAUUCUACAUUGAGGUGAAGGAAAAGAUGGCUCAGAUAUACCUUCACAUUCGAAAGGAUAAGAGACUGUACAUUGGAUGCUAUUGUGAGCUGUGUGAAAAUUUGCCAAGCCCGCAUACAAGCCUUCUCUUAGGCGAUGCUUACAUGAACAUUCAAGAGCCUGAAAAAGCUUUGGAAGUUUAUGAAGCAGCGCAGAAGAAAAAUCCCUUGGACGCAGCUGUGGCGCGGAAAAUCGGACAGGCCUACGUGCACACCCAUCAGUACAACAAGGCUAUCAACUACUAUGACGUCGCUCUCAAAAUGAGCGAGCAGGACUUCUUGUGUCACGAUCUGGCUAAUCUCCUCUUAAAGCUGAAGAAGUUUGGCAAGGCCGAGAAGGUCCUAAACCAAGCACUGGAUCAUGACCCUGUUGAUGAUGUGCCUUCCAUGAUGAAGGAUGUCAAGAACCUGAUGCUGUUAACCAAGGUCUACAUGGCAUCGAAGAAAGGAGAAAAAGUUCUGGAAACUUUGAACAAGGCAUCAGACACGCAGCAAAGAGUCCUCAAGCGGAUCCAGGUCGAACAGCCUGAACUGAUCCCUUCUCAAAAGCAAGUGGGGUUGGCAAUCCACAUUCAGUAUGCUGAAUUCUACCAAGCUGCGAAGAGAUAUGCAGAAGCCGUGAAGUACUAUAUCAGUGCCCUGUCCUUCGUGCCCACUGACAGUAAGGUAGUGCUCGAAUUAGCUCGCCUGCAUUUGAUACAAGGAGAGACAGAGCAGUGUGAGCAUUAUUGUUCUCUUCUGCUUCAAGAUGACAGCAACAGCGAAAUUGGAACAAUGAUGAUGGCAGAUCUUCUGUUUAGAAAAGAGAAGUAUGACCAAGCCGUCCAUCUGUAUCGAAACAUUCUGCAGAAAAUGCCAGAUAAUUUCUUAGUCAUGGAGAGCUUGAUUGAUUUGCUGAGGAGAAGCGGUAAACUUGAUGAAGCGACACCCUUUUUUGAAAUGGCAGAGCGCAAAUCAACCCGAAUACCUUUGGAGCCCGGCUAUAACUACUGCAAGGGAUUGUAUUGCUGGCACAUGGGGAAGCCGAAUGAAGCCCUGAAGUUCUUCAAUAAAGCCCGUAAGGAUAAUGACUGGGGCCAGAAAGCCCUUAAUAAAAUGAUUCAGAUCUGCCUAAAUCCUGACGACGAGAUAAUCGGCGGAGAAGCUUUUGAGAACCAAAAUGGGGAUGCGAGUAUCCUAAAGGAAAAGAGGGAAUCUGAGCAGCACGGGAUCCGCACAGCAGAGAAGCUCCUCAAGGAGUUUUACGCCCACUCCCAAGAGGGUCACAAACAAGAGGAGAUGUUGCGCAACUACUGUUUAAUGGCUACCAAAGAGAAGCAUAAUGUAGACAAGGCCUUAGAUGCAUUUACAAUUUUGGCACAGAAGCAGAUGGAAAAUGUGUCGGCGAUACUGGCCAUGGCUCAAGCAAACCUGAUUCUCAAGCAGACGGCCAAAGCCAAGACCCAGCUGAAGCGGCUGAGCAAGGCUGCUUGGUCUUUGACGGAUGCCGAAGAGCUGGAGAAGGGUUGGAUUUUGUUGGCCGACAUCCAUUGCACAAAUGGCAAAUACGACCUCGCCACGGAACUGUUAGACCGCUGCUUACGGUACAAUAAGUCGUGCUCUAAAGCAUAUGAAUGCUUGGGAUUUAUCGCAGAAAAGGAAAAGGCCUACAGAGAGGCGGCGGCCAACUAUGAGUUCGCUUGGAAAUACAGCAACCAAUCAAAUCCUGCUGUUGGAUUUAAACUUGCCUUCAAUUAUCUAAAAGAUAAGAGAUACGUGGAAGCGAUAGACGUCUGCCAUGUUGUGCUGAAGUUAUGCCCAGACUAUCCAAAAAUUCGAGAAGAAAUUUUGGAAAAGGCCCAGACGGCUCUCAGACCUUAGAACUUGUGAUUGCAUCUUCUCCCGCACAGCCUAAAAAUCUGUCAGCGGCAUUUGAAC